AUGGGUGAAAAGGCAGCAACAUGUGAGGUCAUUAAUCGACUAGUUCAUGCACUUGAGGACAGUAAUGAGAGGGUCAGGUGGAGUGUUUGUGAAGCUCUGGGUAAUAUGGGUGAAAAGGCAGCAACAAGUGAAGUCAUUAAUCGACUAAUUAGUGCACUUGGGGAUAGUGCUCGGGACGUCAUGUCGAGUGCAUGUGAAGCCUUUGGCAAAUUAGUUGGACAAGUAACUACGGAAGAUCAUUAUUUAACUGAACAGCAUCAACAUGCCAUAAUGAAAGUUGUUCGUCAAAUGUUAUUGCAAUUAAGCGAUAGACAAAUAGAUAAUGAUCUUUCUCGAAUAACAACUGCAGAAACUAGUAAUCCAGGCACAGCUCAAUUACAAGAACUUUAUGAAAUGCUCAACAUCUUGUCAUGUGGUAUUGAAACAUUGAACAAUGAUCAACAGCGUCUAAGCAAUGAAUCACUUCGAAUUCAAGUAACAAUUCCAACAUUGACAGAAGAAAUACCAAAACUUAAGUUAUCAAUUGAAGAAUCAAAUGCUUUUCUGGAAGGAGUGAAACAUAAUCAAGACAUUCUCAAUCAAGAUUUAGCAUCAGUGCACGAAAAAAUCGAUAAUCUCCGAUACGUUUCAUAUGAUGGAAUCUUGGUAUGGAAAAUUACAAACUUUCAAGAGAAAAUGAUUGAUGCUCAGUCUGAAAGGCAAACAUCUAUUUAUUCACCUCCAUUUUAUUCAUCUCCAAUUGGUUAUAAAAUGAGAGCUCGUCUUUAUUUAAAUGGUGAUGGAAAUGCUCGCCGUACACAUAUGUCACUCUUUUUUGUGCUUAUGCGAAGUGUAAACGAUCCAAUUCUCAAAUUUCCGUUCAACUAUAAAGUCACAUUUUGUUUGUACGAUCAAACGUCUGCACAGCGACAUAUUAUUGAUUCAUUUCGACCAGAUAUUAGAUCGAGUAGUUUUCAACGACCUCGAUCGGAUAUGAAUAUAGCUAGUGGUAUACCAAAAUUUUUCCCAUUGGAAAUGAUUCAACAAGGAGGAAAUCCUUAUGUACGAGACGACACAAUGUUCAUCAAAGUGAUGGUUGAUUUUGGUGACAUGCCUAAAACGCUUUUGCCUUACGCUUUGAGUCUCAAUCCAGGUCUACCAACUCAUGUUCAACAAGCAAUGAUCAAGCAAGAAGCCGAAAGAAGAUCUCAACAACAGGCUAGCGAGCAGCCGCAGAUACCUCCAAAAUAG